UUCACCUUUCAAGCUCACACUAGAUGCGUUGUGAGAGCCAACUAUCUCAUUAAUUUCCUCCUUUCAUUUAACGACAUGAGCAGCUUUUAUCUGGAGAUUUGGCUCGCRCUAAUUGCUUURRCAUCAGCAGAGUCGGCGCUCAAAUUCAAUGGGUCUAACCUUCCAUUUGCUGAGUUCAAACCGUGGGAUCUUUCCAACAACGGUGCUAUAGAAAUCUAYUUCAAAACWGCAGAGAAAGACGCGCUGCUUCUCUACCAAGACGAUGGAGAAGGGAUGGAUUGGAUUGAUGUGUUUUUAGUUCAAGGAAAAGCCAGGCUUAGGCUGAGACUGGGAAACUGUUACAACCGCGAGAAUACGCUUCUGAACGGCACCUUUACUGAUUUGAAAUGGCAUCAUUUGAAAGUUAAACGAAACUUUACAGAAACUACUAUCUCCAUUGACGGCGUUGAGGCUGAGUCGAUUGUUUGUGAGACGACUUCUGAGUCUCCCGCUAAGCCAAAGCCUAGUAAAACGAGUUUGUACUUGGGCGGGAUACCUAUUUUCUCUAGGCCGAUGGGGCACUGGGCAAACCCUACUAUUUUAAUCGACGCAAUUGAGCACAGAUUUACGGGCUGCAUUGCACGAGUUCGCUACAGUAAUGGCGAUAAGAAACUACGCCGAAUCAGAUACAGGAAGUCAUCAGGAACMACAAUGAACUGCGCAGGCGCGUGUGAGCUGGAGAACUCCUGUAAAAAUGGAGGGAAAUGUAUCGACAGGCUUGUGACUAUGCGCUGUGACUGUCAAGGUACUGGUUAUGUUGGGAGAUACUGCGACCAGCAAGUUGCCAUGGACGACACAAACUCAACUGUCAAUACUACACUGACAUCCGACCGUGUCUUCAAGCUAUCGACCGCAGCAAAGCCAUUCUUUCAGAUCGCUGUUGUGCUGGUCUGUGGCCUUGCUGCUAUUUUCCAAAACAACUGGGUGAUUGAGUAAGGAAUCGAGAUCAAAAACUGAUGAAAUGGAUGAUGACGUCAAUGAUGAUGUCAGUGAUGACGUCAUAUUAUCACGGUGUUAAUUUGAUCACAUGGAGACAUACGGCCCCUCAGUUGUCUUAACACACUGAGAAAUGUUGAUGCAAAUUGCAUAUAGUAUACUACUGUAGUCAUGUAGUCGAUAAAGCCUUAUUGACAAAAGCAUUGAUGCUUAUUUCGUCAUGAAUUUGGAUAGACUCAAUAAAAAUCAAAAGUCCAUAAAAAAGAAAUAGCAAUUAGUAGCUAUUAAAAAGAUAAAUAACUAGUAAGAUUAAGAAAAUUUAAAAAUUAAAAGCAAAGCUGCAAAAGACACUGCAUUAAUUCAACUUCUAGUUUAAUUGAAGUAAUUACAGAGUGCAUUUUAUACUUUUAACUAUCGCUACCGCAUAACAAGACAAAUACUGGUGAUCUUAUUUUGAGGAAAAAUAAAAAGCUCCAUUA